CUCUUCCCCUACGUGACUGUUUUAGUCUGUAUUUUUCCAACAAGUUAGGUUCUUUGUUCUUAAUUCUUAUGGUUGUUUGUAGCAGUUGUUAUGCAUGGUAGGUAUCAGUCAGUGAGGGAAAUAGUUGCAGUCUCUCUGUAGAGAAGAAUAUACAGUCGGACACAAAUGCAGGCUUGAGACUUCAGCUUUGCCUGUACAGUAUAUCUUAGAUAUUAAGGACAGCAGGACCUUGGUUUUAUGGGAUUAUUACCCCUGGAAAACAUGAUUUUCAGCACAAGCAUCAAGAUGGAAUUCAUGGUACUUCACUUCAUCAUAUUUCACAUAUUCCUAGUAACCUGCGGAGGAGGAGACGUCCCUCUCCCAGUGACUGGCCGUGUAGGGGAGACUGUCACACUGAGACCCCCUCUGAAUCUGACAGAUCCCAUUGAUAGAGUCACAUGGAUGUUUCAUGUCAAUGGGGAAAAAAUAUUCCUGGCUGAAUUCAGAGACCAGAAGUUUAUCAGAGAGAAUGAGAAUUAUUUCCCCAACCGGCUGGAAGGGUCUAACAGUGGCACCGCAUUACUGAUCAGGGAGCUGAGAAUGGAGGAUUCUGGGAUCUUCACUGCACUGUUUCUUGUUAAUGGAAAAAUGAGAGACACUUCUUAUAAUCUCACCGUGUUGGAGCCUCUUCCUAUCCCUAUACCAGUAAUAAAAAGAGUGCCUGGUAAUACUUCUGAUCUCUGUCAUCUUAACUGUUCUGUCCCAUCAAACUCAACAAACCUGUCCUACAGUUGGAUCUGCAGAGAUAAAGGCAUUGACAGACUAUAUGCCAAUGGCAGCACAAUCACUGUAUCACUGAAGGAUGAGAUGCUGAAUGCAGAAUUUCUUUGCUUGGUACAGAAUCCUGCUCACAGGAACAAUGCGUCAGUCCCUUUUAAGUCAUGUGACAUUUCAGGACCUGGAAGAGGACAUCUUCUUCCCUUAAUAAUUGCCAUGAGUUUGCUCUGUGUUAUACUUGUCAGUAUCGCUGUAUCUAAAGCUGUAUGUUGCAGAAUAAGACAAAUAUUAAAGAGUACAAAAACUCAUGAAGAAUUACAUUACAGUAGCAUUAAGAUGUGUUCUAAUGGCACCAAUAAUCAGGUCAAUACCCAGAAGUUGAAUGGUGACUGUACCAAUGGUGACUGUACCGCAACAAGUGAAAAAACAACAUAUGCUGAGCUUUUAACGAAUAAAUUAAUGAAUGGAGAGGUAUAGUUGGCAGAGCAAAAAAAUGGCUGGCCAAGACAUUUGAAGAUACUGAGAAACCCCAUUACUUGAUGAGGUUGAUUAGAGUGGUACUGUCAGGGGCACCCAUCGGCACUCCGGUGGUGAAUGGAAGAUAGCAGGGCCCAUGGUCUCCACGGGGAUUGCGAUACCGCCACGUGACGCAGUUUGGAGCCUCAUUCAAAAUAAAAAGAUACCAGGGACGCAAGUUCAACGCCCGAAUAUAGAACUUCUUCCUAGAGCCCCUGGGUGCACUGUAAAUUGCAUUUUUUGGACUGAUUUAAUAGUUUUUGAUCCUUUGCCUGAACCUGCUGACUGCCGCCUGGACGGACCUUUGCCUGAAUAUCGACUAGAGACUCUUGUUAACCCUAUGAAUACCACGCUUUGGACUUUCUGUACUGCCUGUACCCCGGCUUGCUCCUCUGUCCUUACUCCAUCCCCAGCAGGAGACAAGUAGGCCUUGACAGUAUAUCUGUGCCAUGGACCCUACUGAGAAAGCAUCCCCUGACCUUGAAAAAGCUUUACACAACAUGGUGACUCGCAUGGAGGCUUAUGAAGCCCAGAAGGCUCGUGGAGGCCCUACUUUCCUGGAUGUCAGACGCUCGCUGUCGUCUAAAUCAUUUUAUUGUAUUUAAAAAAUAAACUUGUUUUUAAGUAAUACAUAA